ACGUUCAAAUGACAAUCUCGUUUAGCCCGAAGAUUGACAGUCGAUCCAUCCAAUCAAAAUGCCCCUCCGCGAACAGUUGACAGUUGCUCAAUCGUUUCGAGAACGGUGUGGUCGAAAAGAUUUCAUUUUCUUUUCUGAUAUUAAGUGUCUCAACUUAGUUGGAUGAGUGUAUGCCACUGUCCAAGAAAAAAAGACUGACAGGGAGGAGCUCUGAAUAGGGUCGGCUAAUUAUAAUACUGAACUGAACCGCCCCCAUAACUCUCAGCUUGAUACUUUUUUUCUGAACACCAUUCAGUUAACAUAGGCAUAGAUAGGAAGCACGUUGCAAGUUAGCUUUAAGUGAAACCUAAAAUUAUCCACCAGCCCAAAUUUGCGUGAGGCAGAAAAUAGGCCAGACAUGAUUUAGAAGCAGAAUUGACUGAUUAGGCUGUCAGAUUUCGGAUUUAAGUUGGAAACCACAGCUUAACUGUUAUGUUCUCCGAGUUGGGCUGAAACGGCCUCAGAGCCGAACCAUGCAGUUUUUCUCACUUCAGUUCUGGAGGAAAUAAGCUGUAUGUCCCUCUCAGGUGAUUGUCUCUACCCAUAGAGCUCGUGAUGAAAGCUCUCGGUGCACGCUCCGCGUUUUACGUGGGCUUUGUGGUAGGCACGUGCACCCUGUACGUGCUCCUGCGUCAGAUUGGAUUCACACAGGACUUGGGAUCUCCUCAGUCCGAGGUCUACGAGAAAAGCCUAAUGGAGAUGGUUGAAGAAGAAAACAAGAACUGGAAGAAGGAGAGGUUGGCUCUCUUCAACCUUAAUCAUCCUCACCAUACAGGUGAGGAUAGCACACUGGCUGACACUCUCUUUAAGCAUGUACGCAUUUUGUGUUGGGUCAUGACCAGCCCUAAUAACCUUGAGAAGAAAGCACAGCAUGUGAAAGCCACAUGGAGUCGCCACUGCAACAUUGUGGUCUUCAUAAGCUCUGUGGACAACCCUGAUUUUCCCACUGUCGGCCUAAAGACCAAGGAAGGUCGGGAUCAGCUCUACUGGAAAACCAUUCGUGCUUUCCACUACGUCAUGGAGAAGUACGGGGACGAGGCAGACUGGUUCCUCAAAGCGGAUGACGACACUUACGUGAUCGUCGACAACCUGCGCUGGAUUCUGGCCAGCCACUCUCCAGAGGAUCCAGUGUAUUUUGGCCGGCGGUUUAAGCCAUUCGCAAAACAGGGUUACAUGAGUGGUGGCGCAGGUUACGUGCUGAGCAAAGAGGCUCUGAGGAGAUUUGUGGAAGGAUUUCACACCAAAGUGUGCACUCACUCUAGCUCAGUGGAGGAUCUAGCUCUGGGUCAGUGUAUGGAGAAGGUUGGAGUUGUGGCAGGAGACUCCAGAGACACCUUACAAAGAGAGACAUUCCAUCCUUUCGGACCAGAGUCCCAUCUCACUGCCACAUUUUCUAAGACCUUCUGGUAUUGGAAAUACUGUUUUUAUCCCAUUGUGGAGGGCCCACAGUGUUGCUCGGACCUGGCUGUUUCUUUCCACUAUGUGAAUCCAUCAAACAUGUACCUGCUGGAAUAUUACACUUACCACCUGCGUGCCUUUGGUUACAAAUACCGCUAUCAGCCCGCUGAACCCAAUGUCAUACAAGACUUCAAUGCCCCAGUCCCAGGCAAAGUGGAAAUCGGAGACAUAGAGGAAAGGCUGGGGGCAAGAGCAAAGGAAGGAGAAAAGAAAUCCCCUGAACUCAAUGAAAAGCUAUAGCAGCUUUUUGCAUGGGAAUUUAAAAUCUUUCAAAAUAACUGUUUUUGGAAUGGCUUUACAUUUUUUGGAUAAUUUCUUUUUAUAUUGUGCCACAGAAAUGUGUGCAUGACACGUUUGUGUGAUUUAAUGAACUGCUACAACUUGGGAGUGCUCUUUGUUAUAAGAGCCAGAGUAUGUGGUUCUUGGGGUAUGAGUGUAGUAGCCUGCCUUAACAGUAUAAUAACAUUGGAUAAAAUUUUGGGGCAAUAAAGGAAGGCUGCAUCUGCAUACAUUAUACUUAGCAUUCAGUUUAUAUAU